ACUCUUAGUCCCGCCACUCUUAAUAAAAAGGGCGGGAAACUUUACUAUGGCUAUCAUCAUCUGAAGACUCACAUCCCUAAUACCAGAAAUUCUCAGAUCCAAAUCUCCUACAUCCUUCCACCAGCAUUAGGUAUUUCUCAUAUAUCAGUUUCCCCAAAAUUCAGCGUUUAAUUCGAGGAACAUGGAUGGAUUAUCAACCAUUUGUGCUGGGCUAGGAAUAGUUGAAGAAGAUGACAAUGGGAAGCGCAUUGGAUAUGCUAAGGGAGAGUAUUGUUUAGAUAACUUGAAGGAUCUAUUAAGGUUUCUACGGCGCGAUGAUCCGGAGAAAAGGGAUGUAUUCAAGCAAGUUUGUAAAUGGAAUACUGUGGGGAAGGAUUUGAUCCCGAUUAUUGAGUAUUUCCAGGAAGACCGUAAUUUGGUGCUGAAUGCAGUGAAAGUGCUGGUAUUUCUUACUAUGCCCGUUGAGCCUACAUCCGUUGACAUAUUUCAGCAAAUUGAGUAUCUUUGGGGACUGAAGUCCGCUAUUACAUUCAGUGAUAUUAUUCCAGUAAUAGUGUCCCUUCUCGAAAGCCCAUUAGAAAAUCUUGAAAGUGGAUCUUUUACAGAGGAUGAUUGGAAAUUGGUUCAGCUGGUCCUUACUUUAUUUCGGAACGUCCUUGCUAUUCAAGAUAUAUCAACUCAACAGAAAGCUGCAGGAUCAGCCACUCAGUUUCUGUUUAUUCGAGACAGCUUUUUAGAAUUAUUGUUCCAGGAGAAUGUUAUGGACCUGAUUUUGGUAUUAUCGCAACACACUGGUGGUUCUCAGGGCUACCUUCGUCAAGAUAACUUGCUCUUACUGGAAACUUAUUAUCACAUAUUCAAGGGUCAAGAUCCUGAGUUGAUUGCUAAGGCAUACUUGAAAAGCUAUGAGGUUGAAGACAAUGCUGAAAAUUUAGUUAGCAGUCUCCAGUCCAUCAUGAAAGAGGAACAAGAGAAAAGAAAGCUUACCAGAUUUCACAAUCUAAGUUGCUAUUCAAAGUUUACUGGAACAUAUACCCGAGUCACCUUGGAUGGUUCUAAAGCACUUCUGAAGGGAAACCCUUCUCCUUCUGGUGAUGCUUUGUUAAAAGGUCCUAAAGUUAUCCGAGGUCCACCCAAAAGAGAGAUAUGGGACCACAGAGAACUACCGUCAACAAAAAAUAAAAUUCUGCAAUUACUCGAUGGUUUUAUGAGCCAAUUUCUGAUGGGAGGAUACAAUGUUCUGAUGCAGUCAAUCCGUGAAGAUAUUGAUAAAGAACAUCUCGAAAUACAGAGCACUGAUGUUAUCAUGUUUUUUAAGGUUGCUGAGUUUGUCACAUCUUUUCAAUAUCACAAAUGUGUAGCUUCUAAGCCCAUUAUUGAUGCUGAGAAUGAGGAGCCAGUGACUUCUCUUGAUGAUGACAUCUUAUUUAAAGGCAGCAUAUGCGGCCCAAUUGCUGAAACAUUGACCGAGUCUAUGUUUCUACUGGUCAUUUCAAAAUGGCGUUAUGCAUUUGAAGCUUUGAAACAAACAAAUGACUAUAAGUUUCUUUCAGCAGCAGGGUCCCUUGCAAAAGUUAUGAUAAGAAUGCUGGAUUUGGUGCUAAAGCAAUCCCUAGAAGAUUCAAAGGAACCUCAGACAGCUCGUAUUCUUCUAUACAAGUUAUUCUAUGAUCAAACUGAGGAAGGGAUGACUCAGUUUCUCUUGAAUCUGAUUAAAUCCUUUGACACUCAUAAACAAUCUAAAAGUGAUCUUGCCAACUUGGUGGAAACUAUGCAUGUGGUUCUGCGACUACUGGAAAACCUCCAAGCACGGGGCACUCUGAGGGUCUCAAAAAAGUUGAGAAAGAGAAAAAAGAAGGCAGAGACCAAGAAUGAAAAUGUUUGUGAACCAAGUGUGGAUAAUGUUAAUAUCCAGAAUGAGUUAGGCAGCUCUACUUGUGAAAAACCAAUUGAUGGCAACAUGUUGGAAAAGGAGACAUCAACAAAUGACGAGUUUAAUACUGAGGCUGAUGAAAGCAUCAGGGAUGCCAUAAAUGUUGAUGAACCUGUAAUGAAUCCUACCAAUCUGAGGUGCAACAACGCAGAGGGGGAUGACAGAAAUAUUACUGAUAAUUAUGAUCCGCACACUGACGAUUCUUCUGAUGAGCAGCCAAUAUUGGCAGAUGAAGUUGAUUUUAAGGUAUCCACUUUGGUGUCUGCUCUUGCUAGCAACACUAUUAUUCAGAAGUUAUGCUGGCUGCUGAAGUUCUAUAAGACAAAUUCCAUCACCACGAAUCAUUAUAUAAUAACUGUGCUCCGACGAAUUUGUGAUGAUCUUGAACUAUCUCCGAUGUUGUACCAGCUAUCACACCUCACAAUAUUCUAUGAUAUCCUGGAGGAGCAGAAAUUAAGGCCACGCAAAGAAUAUGAAAACAUUGUCAACUUUUUGACAAGUUUGAUACGGAGAAUGCUACGGAAAAUGAAGAGCUAUCCCCUUCUUUUGGUAGAAGUUCUAUUUGUAAAGACACGAAAAGAAAGUCAUUAUAUAAGUUGUGGAUCUAUGAUUAAUGAGCUAAACAAUAUCAAAAACAAAGCUGGGGAAGACAGAAAUGGAACCAAAAAUGGAGGAAAUGGCUUUUUUGAAGAUCAAAAAUGGGUCCGCAGGAGUAUAGCCGAUGCCCUAGGUGAUGAUGAUUAUGUAACACCUGGCCAGGACAACCAAGAGGAAGAUGAUCCUUUCAAAGAUAACUUUCAGAAGUUCAGGCAAAAUCCAGCAGAAGAAAUGAUUGAAGAGAGUGAAAUAUCUGACAGGGAGGGUUCUGAAGAGGAACCUGGCGGAUUAUCAAGGAGAGGAAAUGGCCUUAUGCUUAGUGAUGAAAUUACUGGAAAGCUUAAGGAUCUCUAUGAGAAGUAUAAGGACAACCCAGAGUGUAGUAAGCUCAUUGCUGGAGAGCUUGAUCCAGAUGGAGAUAUUUCAAAACCACAAAUUUCUAAGUUGCUUAGACAGCUUAGACUUGAAGUGUCAGCUAAAGCAAAGAAACAGAGCUCUGAUACCUCCAAUCAACUUCAGAAAAAGAAGAGGGCUCCUUCAAAAGAUACUACUCAUCCCAAUUUAAUACCAACAGAGAAAAGCUCAUCUUUAGGGAGACCACUGCACUCUAGAAAAAGAGUAGAUGCAUUUAGUGUUAGUCAGGAGCAGCAGAUUAAAGAAUUGUUCGAACAGUUCAAAGAUCACAGGAGGUGCAGCUACAUGAUUGCUAAUGCGCUUGAUAGUUCUGGUAGUAUUUCCACCGCUCAGGUUUCCAGAAAACUUAAGCAACUUGACCUUAUCAGGCCAAAAAAGAAGAAGCCCCAGGCUAGCAUGCAUUUGAGGGAUGAGACUGUAAGCGAAUUUCCUUCAGAAGGUGCAAGUGACUCUGAUGGUGAAACAUUGUCGUCUCUGAGGAUUAGGGGCAAACAUAAGCGGAACGGAAGUCAUUCUGAUAAGAGUAACAAUAAGAAGGUAGCCCGAGAAUCGCCUGGAGACAUCUCCGAUGAUGAAUUACUUAGCUCUGUGUUGGCGAAAACAAAGAAAAAACCUCGUAGCAGUGAUGAUGACGAUGAUGUGGUUCUGGCUGAUGCAUUUGGGGAGAAUUUAUCCAAGACCGACUUCAGUGGCAGGGAUACCCAAACCCCAGAAAGUUGCAGGGACGAUUCAGUGCAAUCGAAACAGAUGGGUUCCGAAGAAAUUGAUUUUUUUGACUUAGCGACUGAAACAAUUGGAGAGGGAAGUUACAAGGAAGCUCUGGAUGAUGAGCUGGCAGAUUUUGAUGAAGACUCGCAGCCUGUAAACAUCACACAGGAAAGUGGUGCAUUGAGAAGGCAGCGGAGGAUGGUAAUCGAUGAGGAUGAUGAGGAAUAAUAUAGCAGCUAAUUUGAAAUGUAGAGCCUUUCUAUAUUCAACUCUAACUCCUUUCAAAUGGUUAUGCUUUGCCACUUGUUUGCCGUUCCA